AUGUCGGUUUCAUUUACACAACAUAAGACGUCAGAGGAGAUGACUUUUACAAAUGUUUUGCCUACUGUGAGUGGGUCUACUGCGGUGCCGGCGGCGAGUUUACCAGAUCCGUCAACAUUCUUCGAUACUAUAGGCCCUGAGCCACAAAUAGCACCAAUAAAAACCACUAUUGCUAGCCCAACAGUACUCGCUGAAGCUAUGGACGGACUGAGCAUUAAAAACCAGCCUGUAGAUAAGGAAGCAGACAGGAGGAGAGAUGCCUGGAUACCAAAUGAUGAAGCCAAGAAAACAUUGAUGAAGGCCCAAUCUUCACCCAAAGGCUCAUUCUUCCCUGAGAGAGAAGUUCUAACAAUGCCAGGAUUGAUACUCGAAGAAGAAUUGGCUGAUGCACUUCAAGAAGUAGCAGUGAAGUAUCUAGGAGUAAGUUCAGCCGGUAGCCGAGGAGUGGUGAGGGCUGAACAUGUGAGUCGUGACGAAGCGGGGCUGAGGGAACUACUACGCACUGGAUACUUAAGGGCAGCUAUCAACCUCACUCAUGUACUGAUCAGUGCUGCUGGACAAGGUGUAGGUCGCAUGCAUCGUCCCACAAAACACACGCCGCGCUCCCUACAACUCUGGCUGACCAGGUUCGCAGUCAUGUUGAGGAUCAAGCUGACUGACCCGUUAUUGAAGGAGGCCGAGCCUUUUGGGGAUUUCAGCAAGCCUGAUAUGUUUUAUGAGUUCUACCCAGAUACGUACGACAAUCGCACCGGUAGUCUUGUGCCAUUCUCUCUGCGAUUAUUAGUCGCAGAGCUGCCGGCCCAUGUCGGGAAACCAGACGAAGCUGUCGACAGACUGUAUGCUAUGUUGGAUGUUAUACAAACGAUGCUAUCAAACCUCCGAGAAGGUAAGACAGAAGAUGGAUCAGCGACCAUAACGGAGCAGGAUAAAACAGAGUCCAUUCGUCUAUGGAUGGGCAGGGAGACGAGAGUGAUGCACUCUCUAGUCAACUGCGCUAUUGCUAUGAAGGACUACCGACAAGCAGCCAACAUACUGUCGUCUUUGCAGCAGGCGGCGGCGGCGGCGGGCGGGCGGCGCGCCCUGUGUAGCGCGCUGUGCAGGCUGUGGCUGCUGGCCGGCCACGUGCGCGCCGCCGCCGCCUGCCUCGACGCCGCGCGGGACGCCCGCCAUCACAUUUGCCCAACUCCUGACGUCCGUGAGUACGUGGAUAUGGGUCUGUUAGACAUAGCCCAUGGAAAGUAUCAAGACGCAUACAAUAACUUCGCCAGAGCCGCGGAUCAGGAACCCACCAAUAUUAUGGUCGCAAACAAUCUAUCAGUCUGCCUACUCUACAUGGGGCGGCUAAAAGAAGCGAUAGCUGUUUUACAAAAGGCUAUAAACUCAGACCCUGAAAGAGGAUUAAACGAGAGCCUUUUAAUAAAUCUCUGUACGCUAUAUGAACUAGAAUCCUCAAAAACUAAUGAAAAGAAAUUAAAUCUGCUAAGAAUGCUUUGUAAAUAUAAAAGUGAUACUAUACCUAAUGUUUUAGAAUGUUUGAAAUUGUAA